AUGGCAGACUUUGAUGCGAUAUAUCCUGAUGAGACGGAAAUUGAAGAGAAUAUAGAAGAAACACAUGUGACUCUAGUGCCUGAUCCGAUAAUCGUUCGAGGGGCUGGUAACAUGACAGUUUUUGGUCUAAGCAACCGAUUCAACUGCGAGUUCCCUUCGGGCCUGCAAUCACGCGUUGCUCCAGAGGAGUAUCAAGCGACGGUGGCGCGGAUCAAUAGUGUAUUAAAAAAGACGUUACCUGUAAACGUCAAGUGGCUCUUCUGCGGCUGCGUAUGCUGCUGCUGCACUUUAGGCUGUUCUCUCUGGCCAGUUAUAUGCCUGAGUAAAAGGACGCAACACUCUUUGAACAAACUACUCGAAUGGGAGAACAGCCGACUGUACAACAAGUUAGGACUACGUUGGCGACUUACAAAGCAACAUUGCGACUCCUCCUCAAUGAUGGAAUAUGUACUUCUUAUAGAGUUUAUUCCUAAGAUACCCAUAUACAGACCUGACUAA